AUGAUUGUUAGACCGGACACAGAAGCUGAGAUAAGACCUGACACAGAAGAAAAUGUUGUCAAUCAGACGGAUGGAAUAUUUAGGAGUUUUGUCACAAAUAUGUAUGUUCAUGAUAGGCUAUCUAGCACUGCUGACGAGUCACCGAGGUUCGGAGAGUUGAUGCUCGGGGCCCCAGAGAAUCCUUUGUCUCGAGCCUCUGAGAUAGGCAGAAGGCUGGCUCAGAUUGGAGAUACAGUCAACGAAAGGUAUUCAUCUGAGUUCAACGAAAUGAUUAAGAUGCUUAAUCCAACUCCCGAAACUGCCUUUGAAGCUUUCUCCAAUGUUGCUGAGAGACUUUUCCGAGAUGGAACAAUUCACUGGGGGCGCGUGCUGACACUUCUCUGCUUUGGUUAUCGACUCGCUGUGGCCGUACUGAGCAGAGGGAUUCGCGGAUUCUUCAUAAAAAUCAUCGAGUACCUCAUCAAGUACAUCACCAUCAGUAAGAUUGCUCAGUGGAUUGCUAAUCAGGGCGGAUGGGUCAGUUCGUUUUUGAUUGGCUGUCGUGUUGGGGUGUGGGUUACUAGGGUUGUGUUGAUUGACUGGCUGGUUCGUUGA